ACGAAACUAGAGCAAGCGAACGGCUGCUGGCACCGGUGGAUAGAUAGAAAAAUCUCAUUUACCUCAAAACCGCCACUAACAUCCGACCAGUAACUAGCGGCUACGUCGACCGUAUCUAUUCUUCAGCUUUUCCUGACCGGGAAGGAUGGCGCUCUCAUGGCUCCUUGGCAAGGCCCUGAGAAUCUUCAGCUGUCAGGGGUAUAGCGCUUCGCGACAAGGGCGUGGUGUGCCCGAAUGUGCUGUAAAUUAAUACUAAAAUAUGCGCGUAUGGCUUGCUGUGAUGGCUAAAAUGCCUGAUUCGUAAUCGGUCUGUUUAAUAAGUGCCUUCCAUUUUGUUCUGCGCUGUCGCACUUAUUUUUGAGUCCCAAUUUCCUUCCGUACUUUUGGUCACCAUCAUGAGAAACGUGCGAUGAUGUUACGAGUACGAUUAUUGCCCGCUUGGGCGUGCUUAGUCGCAUCUCUCGUAGGGGCAGCAGAAAUAGUAUAUGUUACUGAUCUUUCUAUAUUCACAGUAUUAGCACCUUGUGCAGCCAGCGCCAUCUCCGAGAACGUCCAGUCGCAGACCGCUGAACACUGUCCCGAAGCUGUCACGGAUCUUCAAUCAUGCGUCUGUACGAAAGAUAAUAACUUCGCCUCGAUAUCGUCAGGAAUUUCGAAGUCUGUCAGUUAUAGUUGCGGCUCGACGGCAUCGGAGGACCAAGCGAGUGCGUCCAGUGUGUUCGAAGCGUACUGUAACCAAGACUCCAUUACACCGUUUCCGACCCCUACGAGCCCCGUCACACAAUACAUUACCGAUUUCCCAGCAUGGCAAGAGCUCGCGCCAUGCGCCGCGGGAGGUCUAUCUUACAUUGUUCAGAGCAUGACAUACGACCUGUGUCCGGCGGAACCAAGUCUUCUCGCGACAUGCGUAUGCGGCAAAAACCAAAAUUCCCUGCGUGCUAGUCAGAGCAUCAAUACGUCAGUAAAAUCCUCAUGUUCAUCGCAUACGGCGGAUAUCGAGUCGGCACAGGCCGUAUUUGCGGCCUACUGUGGAUUGGUCGAUGGAACUACUUCUUUCCCAACAACUUCAGACCCGCCUGGAGAUAUGACCUAUUAUAUAACUGCGCUACCGGAAUUCAGCUCAUUGGCCUCUUGCGCACAGUACGCGGUAUCAUGGGAAAUAUUAUCGCAAACCAAUUACCUCUGUCCUAGCGGUCCACAGGCACUCGCCUCUUGCGCCUGUAUUAAGAGCGGCAUGUCUAAUUACUUAAGUAACGCCAUUACUUCGGACGUGAAAUAUUCCUGCGAUUCGACUGCGACAGAAGAUGUUAGUAUCGCCUUGCGGCUAUUCGACACGUACUGUAGCGCUGCAAAAGGGCUAACAACAGUUGGCGGAGUCACUGAAUCAGUGCAACAAACAUCUGCUACAGGGAACAGCGGGGUAUCUUCACCAAAGGAGACCGGAGUUGCUGGUGGCUCCGAGACAUCUAGCUCUAGUGGAUCAAAUGGGGGUACGGAAGGGGUAGGAAAGCCUGGAGAGGCCAAUAGUAGCCCGAACAUAGGCACGAUCGUGGGGGCAGCGGUAGGCGCCGCAGCGGGCGUCGCAAUUUUCGGUCUUGUGGCGUUCUUCUUCUGGCGACGAUCGCGACUCAAUCGUGGGUACAACCAACCUGUGCCCUCCUCUGCAGGCGCCGAAUUUGGUGGGAAGCCAGAGCUUGAUGGGGGCUCGAAUUUAAGUCCAUCGAAGGGGCAUGCGAUAGCACGGGUCGAUAACGUAUCUCCGAUUUCUGCCAGUUCGCCAAACACAUCGGAGCUCCAGGACAACAGUGCCUAUUCUCCGCUUCAGAAUCCAAAUCAAGGCGCAUAUUCCCCACAGACGGCGGGCCAACAUUAUCCGUAUAGCGCAUCCGAGGCAUAUAGUCAACCAUUAUACGAAGCGCCAGGCCAUCAUGGACCGCAAGUGCAUGAAGCACACGGCCAACCUAGAGCAGAGCUUCAAGGCAUGGGCUGGCAAUCUGGACCCGUAGCUGAGUAUCAUGAAAUGGACGAGAUUCGGAGGGGGUAAUAAUCUAUAGUUAUUCGGUACAAUAAUAAUAAACGCAUAGUGAUUCAGAUGGCACCAUCCCAAAACUACCUACCCAGGUACCUGGGUAGUAUAUGUGUGAACAUAAAAAGAUUUAGGUAGAUAAUUGAGGAUAAAAUUUACUUGUAUAAUAUUGAAUGGUAUGCCCGAGUCACAUUUCAUCCGGUAUAUUUCAAUAGAGGUUGUAGGUAUAAUGUUUAUUGCGAAUGUAUUUCUCCUUUAUUG